AUGGCGGGUACAUCGCCGGAGCUGCCUCAGGACAUCUUCAUGGUCUGCCAUCUCUUGAGAUCCCCGGACCUUGGCCGUGCCGGUUUCGUCUGCUCCUCCUGGCACUCGGCAUACAGGAGGUUGCGCAAGCACUACAAGCGCGUGCAGACGCUGCGCCCCUUCAUCUAUACUUCAAACUGCAGAGAACGUUGCUUGCCUCUACAGGCCUGCGGGAGAACUGGGUUCGUUGACUCUCUUCCAGAGCCACCCUAUCAGCACCAGAUUGAUCUGCCCUCGGUGAGCACCAUCGGGAGUGCAGCGUUAAGCCCAUCUAUGAUUAUUCUGGUGCCUUCACAAAUUCUGCCGGUGUUCAUCCACAAUCCGUUUUGUCAGCUCUCAUUUGCAAGGAUAGGGGAUGAUAGCGUCAUGGCUGCCGCCCAGCAUGGCCAUCGCGACUGUAUUUACAAGUGA